GGAGGAUUGGACCUGUGGGUGCAGCAGAGGGGCCCCCCCCCCUGUCGGCAGCCGGGUCGGGCCGCGCGGCCCCGCAGGCGGAGGCGGGCAGCGGCGGACCGGUCGCGCACGGCCGGCCCACGCCGAGGGGGGGAGGGCGAAGGCACGGCACGGUCGCAGGCUUUUCCUCGUCAGGUGGCCCCGGGGAAGGAGCGGCCCCGCGGUGUGCGGCCGUCGGGAGCCGCGGCGGGGCGUCCGAGCCGAGCGCGCAGGGGCCAGUGCUGGGGGAGGGGGAGGCGGGGGAGGAGGAGAGAGGAGGAGGCGGGGGAGGGCGAGGCCAGUGCUGGGGGGUCGGGGGGGCCCUGGCGAGCCCGCACCGAAGGUCACCCCGGCGAAUGGCCACUCUGACGUGCAGCCGAUUCUUCGACUACACGCAAAAGAAGGUUGCCCUAGGCAAGAGUGACAAAGGCCCCUCUCAGGCGCAGCCGAUCCUGGAGGCCCGCGACAACUUUCCGGAACCCCGCGCGGGCCCGCGGGAGCCUGUGCCCGUGCUCGCGCCGGAGGUGGGCUCUCCAGCGGGGCGCGGCGGCAGAGAGCCGCAGAGGAGUUGGCUGGAAGGCCCUCGCUCCGACGCGGCGCGGGAAAAAGUCGCAAACGGGUUGGGCACGCCGGAGAGCAUGACGCGAACCCGCGUCGAAGCAUCGACGGGAAGGCGGCGUCCUCGCGACGAGGCCACAGAUGGCCCGCUCUGGCAGAGGCCUACCCAAGGAGGGGGCCAGGCUCUGGGAGAGACUGGAAGGCGGAAGACAGCGUCUCACCCAGGAGCGGAAGCCGGUCUGGGAGGCCUGAAAAAAAAGCUGCAUGAGCUUGCUAAUCGAGUCGGCAGCGGCACCGGGAGUGGACACGUACAGCCCGAGCCUCCUGGAACCCUGCCUCGAUGUGCACGAGCCGGCCAAAUGAGAGGAGGGCGAGGGUGGUACCAGGAUGAUGGAGGGGGGAGGGAGAGGGGGGAUGAGAGAUGGGUGGGGGCAGGCCGCCUGGGCCCGCGGCCCGGCAGCGCCCCAGGGCCCGCGGCAGGGCGAGCCGCCGCGGUGCCCGACAGUCCUGCGGCCUCGGGGCGGAAAAGUCCAGACGAGUUCCUGUCGAAUUCCUGGCUCUGCGAAAAAAAGGGCGGCCCGCAUGGAGAGACGCGUACAAUCCCAUCCUAGCGAGGCGCUGGUGCAGCUGCAGAAUUGUACAGGCAUCGGGAGAAAGGAGGAAGAGAGAGGGAGGAGGGAGCAGGAAAGAGGGAGGGGGUGGAGGCAGCAGCACGCGACCAGUGCACCCGUAGCUAUUCGCGGCCGAAGCAAGCAUAUGUUGUAGCCAUGGGCCACGAUGACACGAGAGUGUUAAAAAGCACAAACGAGUUUCGCUGAAGCAGUUCUAUAGUCUAUCAUACCUAUAGCCGACAGCGGUAGAGUCAAGCGCCACUGCCCGACGUCCAGUCGGAGGCUCCGCCCCAGGCGCACCACGCCAUGUCAGUCAGCACUCCCCUCGUCGCUCCUCCGGGGAACCCGCUGCCGACUCGCCCCAUCCCACGCCGCUCGCUGCUGCCUGGGUGGCGCGAAGCACUGCUGAGCCCUCGCCGGCGAGACAGGUACCAUCUCCGCUGGCGCGAUGGGCUGCAGGGGCUGCAGGGAGAAGAGGAGCCGUCGGCGAAUCGCUCGCGCUGCGGCUCGGCCACGCCGCCGCCACGCCGGCAGCAGGGCAGAGCUGGCACACACCCACGUGCAGCUCUGCACAGCCCGGCUGCGCGGCCGCGGAAGCAGACUGGAGCGGGAGAGAGAGAGGCCCUUGCUUGGCGGACGCGUGGUGGUUCGGGCGACGAGCGAUGGCGUGAACUCCAGCCCUGCUCCCAACGCUUCCAGACGAUGCAGGCUCGUGUGCAUCGGAUGAUCCCAGAAG